UGCAGCGGGCAACAUGACAUCUCAUCCGAAGCUGAGUUGAAUGAAAUACGAUACUGCGACUUCUUCGACGGAAAUAUUACUAUACAUGACAUGAAUUUGCCAGCAGGUGCAACUAUCGAUCUUUCUAAAUUAAAAAAGAUUCAUGGCGAUAUUUCCAUUAUGCACAAUAUUGAAAUAUCACAGAUUGCCUUCCGUAAUUUAGACGAAGUCGAUGGUCGACUAAAAAUUCAAGGCAAUAGACAGCUUACCCAUAUUCAUACGCCCUCUUUAACAACAGUAAAAUCAAUGGAAAUUAGCGUCCAACCCUUCUUGGAUUCCCUCUCAUUCCCUUGCCAACUUACGAGAUUAGAGAAUUUUACUUUGGCCGAUACAGCCACCAAAAAGAUUGAAGGCAUGGCGGCGAAAAAAAUGAAGAAUAUCCAUAUCAACAACAAUGCAAACCUGAAACAUUUAGACUUGAGUCAACUAGAGCAAGUAGAGGGAGUCAUUGCCGUUGACGCGAAUUCGCCAGAAAUGAAACUUGAUUUAACUGGUUUAAGGAACCUUUAUCAGGGAGAAUUCCGUAACUUGGGGAGCUUUGACGGCUUGAACAAUGUAGAAAAAGUGACAGGUGACUUAUCCUUCGAAUCUAGUUCAUUUUCUACCCUCUUACUCCCUAGCAUCACCCAAAUUUACGGAACUCUCACUGUGGCAAACAAUUCGCUCUUACAGAACCUAACUAUUUCCGAACUCCAAAUUAUUGGUGGUGCUAUCUUGCUCUCCAACAACACACAAUUAGCUACUGUUAAUGCUCCUAAACUUAAAGAAGUAGAAGGGACGGUCGAUAUUACAGGUAACUUUAAUGAGUUGCACUUACCCGCCUUGGUCAAUGUACGC